ACCCGAAGCUUUAUGAACCGAAAGCGCCCGUCAGUGAGUGAGUGCGAGGCAGAGUCAUUACUGUUCCCGUGAGCUGUUGACAUUGAAGUUCUCUGUUCAUGAAUACAACAAAGCUGAAGGACUUUUACGCGCGCUAAUAACAUGUCAGCGAUCGUUCCCGCCGCUUGUAAAGCAACGGCUGCUGUGAUAUUCCUCCACGGCCUGGGAGACACAGGGUAAACCGUAUCACGAUUAUGUGUCAUGAUUGAAUGCAGUCUAGAUGAAGUUUUUGACCAGAUUGUGCUCUCCUCAGACACGGAUGGGCUCAAGCUCUGGCGGCCAUCAGGGCUCCUCAUGUCAAGUACAUCUGCCCUCAUGCUCCUGCCGGUGUCCCUCAACAUGAACAUGGCGAUGCCUUCCUGGUUUGACAUUAUUAGCCUUCACCCUGAUGCCGAGGAGGACGAAUCUGGCAUUAAAAGAGCUUCUGAGAGCAUCAAACAACUGAUCGAUGAAGAAGUGAAGAACGGGAUCCCGUCUCACAGGAUUGUGUUGGGAGGCUUUUCUCAGGGUGGAGCGCUCUCCCUCUACAGCGCGCUGACGGCGCGGCAGAAGCUAGCGGGUGUCGUAGCUCUUAGCUGCUGGCUGCCCCUCAGGAACUCGCUCUCUCAGUCAGUGGUCGUCAGUAAUCAGCAGAUCUCGGUGCUGCAGUGUCACGGGGAAGCGGAUCCUCUCGUUCCUCCACUGUUAGGCAGUCUCACUGUGGAGAAACUCAAGACGAUGCUCAACCCCUCCAACAUCACCUUCAAAACCUACCCUGGGCUUCCUCACAGCGCCUGUCCCGAGGAGAUGAUGGACAUCAAGCAGUUCAUUGAGAAGCAGCUUCCCCCGAUCAACCAAUGAAUCAGCAACUCUCCAAUCGACAGGGCAACACAGACGUGAAUCAUGACAGUGAUGUUUUGUAAAUGUAUUUACAAUUGAAAAUGUAUUAAAGUUUGAUUUAUUUUAAAUGCAAUUAAUUAAAAUAAGACUUGAGUGCU